AUGGCGCAGAACGAAGAAUACCACAUCCUGGGUGCUGCCCAGAGGCGCGCGUCACAGACGUCAAACGAUCACCAAGAUGACCAGCCACCAGAAGCCGAUACUGAUGAGAAGAACCCAGAUGCGGCUGAUCAGGCUGAGGAGGUGAGUUUGUCGCCAGCGACAACAAUGCACGCGAAGAGACUCCUCGGUCCGGGACGUCUACGAGCGAACUGCCGCCUCAAGCAAGCACGAAACCGCACCAAUUAAGCCACUUGCUCCACUGUUGUUGCUGCUGCCACCCGUCAUGCUCAUGAUGCGCGCCCCUUGGGAAGGAGCUUUGCUAUAUGUAAUUCCAUGCUUUGCUAACGGUGAGUAGGCACAGGACGACACUGCAACUGAGCAGGCCAACGUGAGCGCUGAGCAUGGCGAGGAUGAGAAGACUCAGUCAGAUUACGAACGCGACGAAGACGCUCGUUUGGUGAGUUGCCGUACUGCGUGUGCAACUGCGGUUGAACGCUUUCCUUUCUUGUCUAUACAUCUGAGCUUCAUAGGCCACAUGCGCUCGUUGCGCUACUUCGCAACGCAUGUGACGGAGCCUAAUUUUCGUCUCCCCAGCCCAACAUCAUUACGGGAGUCACGUACUUCAUCGCAUCAUUCUUAUUGCAUUGUAAAUCAAAUCAUUCGUCUUAUUUCUCAUCGACUAACAACCACGAAGGAGUGCCAUUACACUUGGUACGAGUGCAAGUGCGACGUCCCCGGCCCGGCAGGCGAAACGCGCUUUUAUUGGAACAAAGCCACGAAUGCGUCGACAUACGUCGAGCCUGACGACAAAUACUGGAUCUUUGACCCCACGACCAUGGGAAGAGACAAGACUGUUGGACUGCAGGAACCAGGCUCUGCUGCUCUCAGGCACGAAGCCGAAAAGCCUCCCUACAUGGGCUACAACCCGGCCAUCCACGGCGACUACGACCCGAACGCCGACUACGCCAAGUGGCAUGAACAGAAGUAUGCUCAGGAAGAUGCCACCGCAGUAGCCUCCAGAAUGCCAUACGGCGGCCCGAACGGUGUACAAGGGUAUGGCAUGGUCGGCACUGCUACCGAGUAUACGUCCACUCUUGGAUUCAAUCGAUUCAGCGGUCAUGCUCAGCAAGCACAUCUUGCCCCCGAGCGCCACAGCGAUAGCGCCAAGAGCGGACGACAAAUGAACGCCUUCUUCGAUACCGAAGCCGCCGCCAACUCGCACGACGGGCGAUCCUUGAAAGAGGAGAGGCGCAACAUCAAAUAUACCAAGGCAGAGAUGCAGGAGAUGAGGAAGAUGCGGCAUGAGAAGAAAGAGAAGAAGCGCCGGCAAUUUUGGAGUUCGUGA